AUGAUAAUCGCCCGCGCCGAAAACGAGACAAGCCGAGGGUUUAUUGAAGCGUUGGCCCGAGAAGAUAACUCCGUCGAUCGACCUAUCGAUCUGCCGUCGGCGUACAGGGCCGUACGCAGUCACUUCCAACCCUGAGUUAUUGAUCGAUAAUUGGCUUGUACCUCCUGUAAUUGCAAUCAUUCUCUGGCGCUGAACUCCUGCACGAGUUGGAAAGUUGUGAAAAAUGUGCAAUUUUUUUCCGGUGCCCCACCAGUUCUCUUUACGUGUACAUACACUCGGGACUCGAACUUUCGUCUCCAUAUGGAUACUUCCGUUUUGGUCCAGAACCCUCCCAGGCGGACACAUAGCCCUCUGACAACUGAUGACUAUAAUUAACCUAGAAAUAGCAAUUCUUGUCCUCCUUAUUUUGUGAGAAAAUUGUCUUCACAUGACGGUGGGCCAGGUUUCGAAGACUCUUUAUUACAAAAUUAAGCUAACUUUUCAGAUAUAAAAUCUGACGAAGGCACGAUUUCCCGUAAGAUGGCAGUUAACGAAAAUGGGCAGACUAGUCUUUUCUAAGACACCAGUUUGCUCUUCAUAAGUACUGAAUAAAAAUGGAGAAUUCUAUGCGACUGAGACAGUUAGAGUUGGUCCGCAUGGUUCUCGGCCGCAGUGUUGAAAGUUAACUAGACCCCUAAUCGAUGACGUUUUCAGUGAUUUUGUUGGCUUUCGCCUGAAUUUUGGCGCCCACCCUAAGGCGACAACGAGUUCCCCGACGACAGCCCAUAAAAGGAUUUCAAAGCCUCUUUUCCGACAGCCCUGUUGAUGGGCAGUGCAUCAGCGUGAAAAUCGUUUAACCCCUUGAGAUCGAUUCGUUUUAUUCUCACGAUUGUCCAGGACUCAGAUCAUCUGAUGUAUUAAAUGUCCACUCUUACGUUUUCUCUCCUGCUUCCAGUCGGCCUAUCCCCCAUCCCAUUACCUUCGACGGGUGCCACAACGUCGGAUACACCUCUUCACUGCACUCCAGUUGCUGCAAUUGGGUAUCCUCUGCGGCUGUGGAUUCGCGGAGAUCCCCUUCGUCAAGAUUGGUUUCCCUAUCCUCCUCUUUCUCCAACUCCUCGUCAGGUAGGCCUGAGUUGUGCCUUCAAUAUCUGUCUUUAAAACGAAAUCUGGUUAGAUGGUAGUUGGUAGCCCUCCCGGUACCCCAAACUCCCAGCUACCUGACUUACGGGACCGGUGCUAAUAGGGGCUGUACAGGUGGGGCAACUGAGUGGAGGCGUAAAUGGCGUUUGUAGGGAAUGCCUGGAAUUGACGAUCCUGAUAAAGUAAAAAACUUAAUUUAACUAAGGUGAAAAAUGCGAGGAAGGUAAAAACUUCGGAUCUGACUGACGUAUGAGACGCCUUGUUGUUGUAGUCUGAACCCAAGAGGUAGUAAGCGCGGGAUGUGGUAGGUGAAUUGCACCCCGUUCAAAGCCAGCAAUGUCGAAGGCCCGGGGGGUGCCGUAGUGCCUUAAACUGCAAGUGCAGGAAAGGAUCGCUAACUGGCCAUGGCGGUGUUUACAAGGCGUCACAGUUUUCAGCCAAACCCCUGCGACCAAAUACAACUGGGCUGUUCGUAAAGGCGGGGGGUGGAGGGCAACACUCUGUCCAUAUGACUGAUGCAGUGGAUGGAGUAUCGGUAGACACCCUAACUGAGCAUCGAUUGUCCUUUCAUACACGAUCGCACCGGACUCUAGUGGAGGUCUGGAGUAAAAAGACCCAAGGAUGCAGGCAAACCGACGAAACGGAGACCCGCACCAAUCCGCCUAGGAUAGUAGCUAUGCAAUUAAUCUGAUCCAGGUAAUACUGUGCGCACAUGCAACUAGAAGCAUAAUAGGAAGCAUUUAGGAUAAAUCUUUCGCCUUUUACUAAAGAUUUCCGUGUGGGGGUGCAAUACAAUGAGUCUAUAUAGACAGUCUUGCAGCGCCUCGUUCUCGGGGCAGUUAAAGUGAAGAAGAAAGUCAUCCUGACAGGGCCUCUGUGCGUGCACCCCCCAGACAUAAUGAGAACGUUAUCACAGAUACUGAAAUCGAGCCAGUAGGUACAAUUGUAGACUCAGUGGGCAGGGCUACCAACUACCAUCCUGCCCAAAAUCUAACCUGGAAUCCCAGUCCUUCUCGGAUACGAGGGGCUCUGCCCCAUCAGCAGACUCAAGUUUGCCUCAAGAUAUGCUUGGCCGACAGUGUUAAAACGAAACAAAGUAGUCACAAAAUGGAGGCUCUGUUUACCUAUAUGUUUAAAUAUUUUUAUUUCAAAUUGGACAUAAAGGCUGUUUUGCUCUUGUUGAUUCUAACGCACUCCACAAGGAUGAAACACUACUUUUGGUGAUUACCUUGGUCUGUUUAUCUAGCAUUUCCUUCCAAAUAUGCUGAAGUGGGCGUCUCAGGUCGAGCAACCGAGACACCAGACAAGAUCGCUAGGAUGCUUUUAUUUACUGCUUGACUUUUCGGUCAAUUGGAUACACUGUGACGUGCAGAAUGUCUCAGUUCCCAUUGAAGCGUUUUUCCUGCUGCGAGAUACCGGACCUUUUGAUGACUUGCGAGAAGUCAUUCACCUACCCGUUACUGGUUCAAUAAUACUAGCUUUAUUGCGCUAACCUUUAGUGGCACCAAAAUUUUAAUGGGCCACUUGCACAGGAGGUGCGAUGGUAGCUUCCGGACACCAGUUGGUGACUGCACGACCGCAUCCCACGCUACUUGUAUGAACGUGAGCGUUUGUAGGUAGAAAGUUCUUGAGGAUGCCGCACUGGUUCUGUGACUAUAUUUCCUGAUAUCCGCUUACUCUCUCAGGUUGAUGCAUAAUGCCUGGUAGUAAGGUGGGCGGUCGGUAUGCCGACUAAACUAUUCGAAAUUUUAAGACGAGGCCUCAGACGUGGACUAUUAAAGUUGGGUGUUAAUAACACUGUAAAAUGGUCCCGGUUUCCUUGGGGAGCAAACCUGAGGUGACACUACUGUUUUGGACGUGAGCUACGGACUGCAACGAACUGGAUAAUAAUUACAGAUCGUCCGCUGAUUGGUUUACAAGUGGGCCAUAGAGGACCCUAAAAGAAAGCAGUCCCCACAGUCGCUUGUACACUGGGAUGGGAUUUCGCAGUUUUGCCAACAAUGCUAUUGACUACUUGACGAUCCAGUCAAGUCCCACUUUCUGAAUUGGCUAUCCAGAGAGUUGUUUUCAAACUUAGACAGUCAAUUCAAAUAUAUGCAACCAUAGCCAGCAGGUUCUGCACAACACGCAUAACCCCAUCUACUUUAAACUUGCAGCUGAUUAUGACGAAGAGGAAAUUUUCCUUUCUAACAUACUUGCUGUCAGUCAUGUAACAUCUGCUAUGCAGGUUAGUCCGCCUGAGGCAGAUUGCAAUUCAUGGCUUUGUAAGUUACGUACCGAUUCGUACUCAUUGAUACUGUUGUUCGCUUACCUGGUGACCAUUUCUGUCUCCAAACUAAUGGACACUCCUUGCGACUGGCGCCUGUUGCAAGGCUGCAUUUUAAGAGAGACUAUUAACGGCGUAGCAUCAUCGCUCGCAUAAGCUCAACGCUGGCAUCUGUCCGCAAACUCGGUGUUUUGCGUUGAUUGGUGACUGAAGGUCACAGGGGAACGUCGCUCUCUCCCGCUUUGGCGCGAUUACCGUAGGCCAUUUGGACGUUGCAGUUUUCUUUAGAGGCUCAGCCGGGGUCUAUUUGUAUGAUGUUGCAUCGUUCCAAAAAGUUAAGUGAUUUUAAGAGGAAGCAAAUCGUGGUUGAAUCGAUCCACUUUUGGUUAUUUGACAUCUUCACCCAUGCCAAAAUCCCAAAGGCUGAAAAUUCUGCCUCUUCCUAAUAUGGUUGCAUUUAUUGAAUUGAAGAUUUUCUAGCGAUUCAACGCUCUUGCAGUUCUUGUUUUGUACUUGACUACUCUUCAGUAAGAAGACAUCAAAAGCUGGAAAAUAGACAAAGACAUUCUAAUAUACCGGAACACUAUUUUUGUGCCAAUGUUAAUUCUCAAUGACGUUGGCCAGUUGGUGUCUUGAUUUUUAUCAACCAUUAGGGGAAUUAAAAAACAGUCUGUUUUGUCUUUACGCCUUCUUCCGUUCCUUUUUCUUCCCUUUUAGACACAAGUUGAUCCCUUGUGUAAUUGACAAAAAGUAUCUGGAGGCAAUGGAUAGGCCGAUAUAA